GAUGGAUGCCGCAAGCAAGAAACCCUUCGAUAUCUGCUUAUUGCGGUCUGGAGAGAGCGACUUAAGCCCAUGACAGAAGGCAUGGCACUCCAGGGCCAAACCGGUAGCGCGACAGUGGAUGUUGUUGAGAAAGAUGUCGAACUUCAGCAACGCGUCCCUACGGCUCCAAUGCGCGAUACCGGCCAGGAUCUUGUCGAGUUCGACGGCCCUGACGACCCAGAGAAUCCAAAAAACUGGCCAAGGGCCAGAAGAUGGAAGAUCACUGCAGCCAUGGGAGGCAUGGCCUUCGUCGUCACAUUUGCAAGCUCGGUGUUUAGCGUUGCAAUUCCGCCGGUAGCUGAGAAGUACCAUAUCGGAACAGUUACUUCUACACUCGGCGUUUCGCUUUUCCUACUCGGUUUUGUUUUUGGUCCAAUCUUUUUCGGACCUGCAUCUGAAGUGUUCGGCCGCAGAAUACCUCUGUUCUCCGGUUACUUAUGCUUUGCCAUCUUUCAAAUACCAGUCGCUGUUGCGCAGAAUGUUGAGACGAUCAUGCUUGGUCGAUUCUUCGGAGGAUUUGCUGCGUCUUCGCCUCUGGCCGUCAUCGGAGGUGCUCUCGCCGAUAUCUGGAAUCCGAUCGAUAGAGCUUAUGGAGUCUGCAUCUUCGCAGCUGCCGCCUUUUCGGGACCAGUAGCAGGUCCGAUCAUUGGAGGGUUCGUGACUCAGUCCUACCUUGGCUGGCGCUGGACUGCAUGGAUCACCCUGAUCAUGGCCGCCUUGUUUGGCUGCAUCGGAUAUCUGGUGAUCCCGGAAACAUCGGCCUCGAAGAUCCUCCAGACCAAAGCGAAGAAGCUUCGAUAUGAGACCAAGAACUGGGCGCUGCAUGCCAAAGCUGACGAAAGUCCCGUCAAUGCAAAGACCCUGAUCUUCGUGUAUCUUGUUCGGCCGUUUAUCAUGAUCUUCCAGGAGCCCAUUCUCGCCCUUGUCACUGCAUACAUGAGUUUUAUCUACGGUAUCUUAUACCUAUUUUUCGAGUCUUUCCCCAUAAGCUUCCAGGAGGAGCGUGGGUGGAAUGCCGGUGUCGGAUCGUUGCCUUUUGCCUCUUUCAUCGUCGGCAUUGCCAUGGGUACUGGACUCAUAGCAUAUUCUACGCGAACCAAUUUCACCAGAGCCUUCGAGAAGCACGGUAGACCAAUUCCCGAAGAACGUUUGCCGCCUAUGAUUGUGGGUGCUGCGGCCCUCCCUAUCGGCCUCUUCUGGUUUGCUUGGACUUCGGAUCCUCACAUCACCUGGGUACCACAGGUUCUUUCGGUCGCACUACUUGGUAUGGGAUGUUUGGUCACGUUCUGGCAGGGCAUGAACUAUAUCAUCGACUGCUAUGGCUUUUACUCGAACAGUGCUAUCGCUGUCAACACAUUUGUCCGGUCCAUUGCCGCAGCAGGCUUUCCGCUGUUUGCGCCGGCCAUGUACCAUCGUCUGGGCACAGCGUGGUCGACAUCGCUUCUGGCGUUUCUCUGCGUCGCCUUUUUUCCGACGCCAAUCUUAUUCUACAAGUACGGAGCCAAGAUCAGACAGAAAUCCAGGUUUAAACCGACGGGCUAAAGGGAUCAUCUAGACUGGCUUUGGAGAACUGUAUCACUUUGUAGCAGCUUUUACCACGCAGAAUACAUUGGAAAGACAACCGCAAGCCAAUUUCUAGUGCCAAUGACCGACAAUGACCGUUCUAAGGUUCGAACUGAUGCCUCAGCAAGGAUGGUACCGGCGCGCACGCCGCCAGGAGCAACAAAGGGAAUUCCAC